AUGGACGAGCAACUCGACAUGGAGUUUUGGGGUCUCCCUGAGGUUAUUUUGGCGCAAUACGAAAUUUUUGGCGUGAAGAGAAUGUUCCGAUGGCAAGCGGAUUGCUUGUUGCUUGGGAAUGUGAUGAACGGCGAGAAUUUGGUGUUUUCUGCGCCCACAGCUGCAGGAAAGUCAUUGGUUGCUGAGAUCCUUAUUCUGAAAAGGGUUUUGGAAACCAAGAAAAAAGCCUUUCUGAUUGUUCCCUUUAUAUCUAUGGCGAAAGAAAAAGUUGCUCAUCUACAGACCCUAUACCGUAAUGUGGAUCUGAGAGUUGGUGGCUUCAUGGGAAGUACAGCGGCUCCAGGAGGUUUUAAGAAUUGUGAUAUUGUUAUCUGUACCAUAGAGAAGGCAAACAACAUCAUUAACAGGUUGAUGGAGACGAAUAGGAUGAACGAAGUUGGGAUCGUGGUAGUCGACGAAAUCCAUCUCUUGUCGGAUCCGUCGCGAGGAUAUCUCUUGGAACUCCUCUUGACCAAAAUUUUAUAUCAUUCCGCGAAGGAUCGAGCGGAUGGAACUUUCUCUGACAAUGUUCAGAUUGUGGGCAUGUCCGCGACUCUGCCUAAUCUCGACGUUGUUGCGAACUGGCUCAAGGCUCAGAUUUACCGAACCGAUUACCGCCCGGUUCCCUUGACGCAGUUCAUGAAAGUUGGGCGAUUUAUUCACGACGCCAGUAUGAAGGUGUUGCGGACAUUGGGUGACUUGGCUUUGACAGACGACACCGACCAAGUAGUGCAAGUAUGCAUAGAAACGGUGGUUGAGGGACAUUCUGUUCUGGUGUUCUGUCCAUCCCGGGACUGGUGUGAGAAGCUGGCCCAGAAGAUAUCCAAAGAUUUUCUGCGCAUCGGCUCAGCGAAAGAAUCCUCGCUUCCGAAAGUGUUGAUUCCCGUACGAGAAGCCUUGCGGAGGCAUGUUGAUGCAGAACGAUUAGGAACGAUUGUGCGGGAGUUGAAAGAUUCUGCGGCUGGAUUAGAUGCCGUGUUGAGGCACACAGUUCUGUCUGGCGUUGCAUUCCAUCAUGCUGGCUUAACUGUCGAGGAACGGGAUAUUAUCGAAGAUGGAUUUCGAGGAUGUGUAAUCAAGGUCCUUGUCGCAACGUCGACUCUUAGUUCUGGAGUCAAUCUUCCCGCUAGACGCGUGAUAGUGAGAUCACCGUUUGCUGGUGGAAAUCAGCUCCUGGAUUCUUUGGUGUAUCACCAGAUGAUUGGCAGAGCUGGAAGAACAGGAGUUGACACAGUCGGUGAAAGCAUUUUAAUGUGUAAAGACACGGAAAAGGCGGCUGGGAUCUCUUUGAUAACUGGUGGCAUGAGACCCGUCACUUCGUGUUUGAAGCGUGAUGGUGAACGUCUUUCAUCUGCACUGAAACGAGCUAUACUAGAAGUCGUUGUUGAUGGUGUGGCGAGUACUUUGGAAGAAUUGCGUCAGUACUUGCAUUGUACCUUGCUUUGUGCGCUCGUGGGAACGGAUCUGGAGUCGGGAUUGAACAGAUGCGUUGAUGAGCUGAUUCUCGCCGAAUUGAUCAGAUUACAAAAAAAUGCAGACGGUAGUAAAGCUGAUUUAGUGCCAACAAAAUUUGGAACUGCUGUUGUUACAGCAGGGUUGCCACCGGACGAAGGCGCUUCUUUGUACAGUGAAUUGGAGAAGGCGAGGCGUGGGUUGCUGCUCGAGAAUGACCUUCAUCUAUUGUACCAGGUGAUCCCGUUGUCGACGGUUUCUCAGAUACAAAAGCUCGAUUGGUUCGUUUAUCGUUCAAUUUGGCACGAACUUCCGGUCGGGUUGCAGCGUGUCGGCCAUGCUGUUGGUAUCGACGAUGGAUUUCUUUUUCGAAAUCUCAGAGGAUUUUCGUGCAAUGGACUCCAGGUGAUCCCGUUGUCGACGGUUUCUCAGAUACAAAAGCUCGAUUGGUUCGUUUAUCGUUCAAUUUGGCACGAACUUCCGGUCGGGAUGCAGCGUGUCGGCCAUGCUGUUGGUAUCGACGAUGGAUUUCUUUUUCGAAAUCUCAGAGGAUUUUCGUGCAAUGGACUCCAGUUCACAGAAAAGCGGAUGAUUCACGUCAGAUUUUAUUCGGCGCUCGCGCUGAAUGAAUUAGCAAAUGAGGUUCCUUUGAAGGAAGUUGCAGAAAAAUACGGAUUCAACCGAGGUUACCUGCAAAGUUUGCAGCAAUCAGCUGCCGCGUAUGCAGGAAUGGUAUCUGUCUUCUGCGAGAAGCUGGGCUGGAAUAACUUGGAACUGCUGAUCUCUCAGUUUCAGUCUCGCCAAGUGAAGCCACAGUGCUCUCUCAACACACUAGACUACGAUCAUUGCAGCGACCUAGGAAAAACUGUGUGGAGACAAGGACUGGGUUUCAUCCCUAUUUCUCGUGCUGCUGCAAUAAUUAUUCAAGAGGCCAGAGCUGUCGUCGAAAGAUGCUUUCACUUCGGUGUCACGAGAGAGUUGUGUGAUCUGAUGCUAGUAACGUCGCUGGACAGUCGACUCGCGAGAGGCCUUUUUGAUGACGGAAUCGAAUCGUGUUCGGACUUGGCUUCCACGCAUCCUGCUCGUAUUGAAAAACUAAUUGUGAAAUCCGCGCCUUUUUCCAAUAAAGAUUCUAAUCGAAAACCCGAUGAACUUUGUGAGCAAGCAUCCGGAGAAAAUAUUGAGGCGUCACAUGUCAUCGAGGAUUUAGGCUCGACGUGGUCAAGACUUCUGAAUGAUGCUACGGAUGUAGAUUUUUCAAUGUGCUCAGUUUCAAAGUCGAAAGCUGCUGAGACGAAAUCUGUUCCUGGAUGCCGCGACGUAGGUCUUCCUUGUGCAAGUGCCAUUGGAACCCCGCCCUCGGAUGAGGAAGUUGUGGAAAAAUCCCCGAUAAAUCAUCAUACCGAUAAAAAUCUGACGAAGAGAAGAAAAAUUCCGAGCUCCGGACACGAGUCGGUAAUUUCUCUCCCUAUAAGCCAAUUCCCUGGCAACGACACGAUUUCAGAAACAAUGAUGCAGUACAUGCUGGAGGUAGAUUUUGAUAUCCGAUCACAAGUCGACGCUUCGAACGAACCUAAAGAAUCGGGGAAAUAUUUCGAGGGAAAAAACCCUUUAUCUGGAAUUCAGAUGCCGAAUGCCGGACAGCGAACAGAGGAGGAAAAAAAUCCCACGAAAACUCCCUGCGGAAAGUGUGUGAAUCAAGCAGAAAAUUUAGAAUUAAACAUGGGGGACGAUUCGCUGUUCUCGUCUGUGUCUGGCAGCAUGAUGGAGAAACUGUGCGAAGUGGUCGAUGCAGCGUGUGAUUCCCAGCUGAAUAAUCCCGCUGGAAACAUAUCUUUGAAUCUCCCAGUGAACACACCUUUCCCGCGAGGAUCAUUCCCGAGUUCGACAAUUCCGUCUGCGAGUCAAGAACUCAAGGAUUGUUCCAAGUUUCUCCUGGAGUUUGAGGAACCCUUCUCAUUUUUUGAAAAGGAAAACGUUUGUCCUGCGGAUUCAGCUAAUGGCGAAUGUCAGCCAGCACUUGCAGCCAAAACAAAUUCUGAAAACGUUCGUAAAAUCGAGAGCGACGUUUACGAGUUGUCGACGCUCUCUGACAGUGUUCUGCAGCAAAUUAUAACGUGUGAUGAGGCACAAGAAAGAUGCGUGCGGAGUAUGAAAACGGCCUGUUUGGCUGUUGGUACCCCGGAUAAUGUAAAGCGCUUAAGGAAUCGAUCUGUGUUGAUCAAACACUCUCCCGAUGCAGGGGGAACGAUAUCAAACAAAGAGAACGGAAUAGCUGGUGCUAAACGGGACUCAGGUGCUCGUAUACCGCGUUUGCGAAAAUCGUCGGAACAGGUCAAGAGGACCAGUUUGAAGAGAAUUUCGUCAUCUUCUCCAAUUUUUUCUCCAUCGCCGGAGGUUGUGAACAACAGCGCAGAAAGGAACCGGUCUCAUCGGCGCUUUCGGAAAAAGCGUCGUCACGGCGUUGGCGAGCAAUCCACUUUGGGGAAAACUUGUUCAAAUUCUGAAAUUUCGAACGAGUUUGAAUCAAACUUGCAGAUUUUGAUGUCGGCCGAAAAUUUUUCUCUGAGUAUCGCCAGCGUCGAUGUACCGAUUGUGCCUGGGAACGUUGCCGCGUCCAGACAAAUCGGGAAACGUUUCAGGCAUGAAAUGUCGUCUGUGACUGCUGAUAAACAGCUUGUCGUAGACUUGCAUCCUGGUACGCGAAAGCGAAUUCUGGGGAUUGUUUUUUGCGUCGAUAUGGAGGAACGAGCGAGGAUUUUGGAUUUGGAUGCUUGCGAGAACGUUGAGUCACGGUUGGUGGCUUUGAAGAAAGCGUUGAAGCGUUUGAAAGAGCAGAAAAGUCUGGCUGUCAUGUUUGAUGCGAGUACCAAGUUGAGAGUGAUUUGGAAAGCGUUUUGUCAUCCUUCUGAAUUUCCCGGUUAUGGCGAAGUCAGUCUACGAGUUGUUGAUCCGAAGUUGGCUGCUUGGUACGGCGACACUGGAAUUGGUGAAAUGGACCUGAAAAGUCUUUGCACGAUGUAUUUGAGAGACGAUGGAGAGAUCCUUGAAGCACGGGAACAACUGGAUACUUCAGAGGCGACCUCUGCCAUCUGUUUAGCUGUAGAAGAAGCGCAACUUGUCAACAAACUGUGGAAGAAGCUCAAAACUCAAAUCAUGGUUACCGAAGCAAAGUGUGGAUUCUUCGAUGUUGAAUCCAAAGCGUUAGUAACCACUGCGAAGUUGGAAUUCAAUGGAUUCGGUUUUGAUAUUCGCCGAUGCAUGGAACUUCGCAAGUGUCUGGAAAAUAAGCGGGAAGCUGUGACGAAACUUGCUCACAGAUCCGCCGGACGAGUUUGGAAUCUCUCUUCUCGAAGGGCAGCAUUGCAGGUUCUAAACGAGGUUUUUUCUGGACUGCAAACAUCUGAAAAAAUCAAUCUGACCGUAAAUAGCUUGGAAAAGGAAACUCUACAAACUUUGACGGAAUAUCAUCCUCUUCCGGAGUAUAUUCUCAAGUGGAGAAAAAUUGGAAUGGCACUGACUCAGUUCGUGAUUCCAUUCUUGUCGUGGAAAAACCAAGUGCGACGACGCGGUGACGUAGUACGAUUGAAUGCCGAUUCGACCAGCGUGCACCCAGAUUGGGAAUUUUUCUCAGCACUUGGCCGUCUGUCCACCCGAGACCCCAAUUUGCAGACAAUUUACAAAGAUUUUGACGCUGCUGGGGAUACGUUCUCUUUGCGGAGCAUGUUCGUCGCAAGGCCAAAAGGGGAAGCGAUGUUGGUGGCAGGAGAUUAUUCCCAGAUGGAUCUUCGAAUCUUGGCCCAUUUGGCGAAAGAUGUCGAGUUAUUGGGAAAGAUGAACUCGAACUGCGACGUUUUAAGGCUUGUUGCUGCGGGGCAUCUCAAAAAAGAUCCUGAGAAGGUAACUGACGAAGAGCGACAAGCAACCAAGAAAGUCGUGUACGGCAUAAUUUACGGAAUGGGUGAAUCGACGCUGGCACGGCAAAUGAACGUCACUGAGGAGCAUGCGAGCUUCCUAAUGAAGUCUGUGUUGGAUAGUUACCCGGGUGUUCGUCGGUACAUGCGGGCUCAAAUUGAAAGUGUGAGAGCCUUGGGUUACGUGACGACGCUGUCUGGUCGAAAGAGAUUCCUCCCUGGAAUCUUGGCUGAUUCAGUCGCGGAAAGGGGACACGCGGAACGACAAGCCGUUCAUACUGCUGUCCAGGGUUCCGCUGCCGACUUGCUGAAAGCAGCAAUGGUGGCGACAGAUUCCGAGCUUUGCAACCAGUUUGGGGAGGAUGCCCCUCGACUCGUUAUGAGUUUGCACGACGAACUCAUUUUCGAAACAGACGUGGAGAAUUUAAACGAUACUGUGCGUUGCGUAAAAUUAGCAAUGGAAUCCGCGUGGAAGUUAUGCACAGGAGAAGGGUUGAAAGUGUUGACCCCUGUCAAAAUCUCAGUCGGAGAUUCUUGGGGUAUUCCGGAUGACCAUGGCCAGCGGCCAAAAUGCUGGAAACUGUUGCUUAACUACUUAUCCCGCGGGAAAUCCGAAUGGAGCAAAAUCCUGCAAGAGAAUCGUGACCAUUAUGAGCAAUAUAUCCAUGAGAUGAUCAUGAAGAAACUCAGCAGCACGGAGGAUCACCCAUUGAAUCCAAAUCCCGACAGCAAUUGGACCACGUUUUUCAAAGACAACGAGGUCCUGCUUCAAAUCGACAAAGACGUUAGGCGGUUGUGUCCGGAAAUGUCGUUUUUCCAAGGUCCUACUGAAUUUCCAUCGAGGCUGUUGACGAAUGCUGCGAGUGGGGUUGAAAGAUUGCACCAUCGCGUGCAGAAUGGCAUGCUGAAAAGUGUGUCUUUGACGAGGCGUGGCUUGGGAGCUCACACGGUAAAUACUUCAGUCAUGAAUCAAGGCUUUUUAGGGUUCAGCAAAACCGGCAGGAAUGAUACCGGAGAUUACACAACGCUGGAAGACGGUCAAGAGGCUCACUGGGAAGUCGUGGAGCGUAUAUUAUUCAUAUAUGCCAAGCUGAAUCCGGGGCAAGGUUAUGUCCAGGGAAUGAACGAAAUUCUGGGUCCAGUUUACUACGUGUUUGCUACUGACCCGGAUGCAAGCUGGCGAGAACACGCCGAAGCGGAUGCAUUUUUCUGCUUCACCAACCUGAUGUCCGAGAUCAGAGACUUUUUCAUCAAGACGUUGGACAACAGUGAUUCAGGGAUCAGCGCAUUGAUGACCAAACUUCAGGCAUCGCUGAAGGCUAUCGAUCCAACCCUGUGGGAGCAUUUGAAUGACAUGGAUUUGAAACCACAAUUUUAUAGCUUCAGGUGGCUGACGUUAUUGUUGAGUCAAGAAUUCCGAUUGCCAGAAGUGAUCAGGCUGUGGGACUCGUUGUUCGCUGAUAAGAAACGGUUCGAGUUUCUGAGCUGCGUGUGCUUGGCGAUGCUAUCGCUGGUGCGCGAGGAACUGCUGUGCGGGGACUUCGCGCACAACAUGAAGCUAUUGCAGAAUUAUCCCAAUAUCGACGUGCAUCGUAUCCUCGUCCGAGCCGUGGAGAUCUCUUCGAUGAGGUGA